AUGUGCAUUCUUAAUGCAUGUCUCCAUGUACGAAAAGCAGAAGAUGAAGAAGAAGACGCACGCCUAUGUCGCCAACGUAGUGAAAGAAAACGACGUUCCUGGUGGGACGAUUAUGUGGUGCGACCCGUUCAAGAUUAUAUUGUUCAACCGAUCGAAGAUUAUGUUAUUGAACCAGUUCAAAAAUUGAAUAAGAAAAUAAGUCAUGGUAUUGAUGAUGUGCAAGACAAUCCUGAUGAACUAAACGAAAAUACAGAGACGUAUGUUAUUAAACCGGUUUGCAGCGUUCUUAAUUAUUUUGGUAUUGCACAAGCUGAGCAUCGUCGUGAUAUAGAAAAUACACGGUUAUCAUCUGUUCAAGAUCUUUUAGUAAUAAAUCAACAAAUACUUAAUAAUCUAAUAGUCAAUAAAACGAUUUUAACGCUAAGGUUAGAAGAAUUAAAAACAAAAAUAAAUUUAGAUAAAAAACAAUUACAUAAACUGGAAAACGAAUUGAAUAUAACACAGUUUAUUAAUACUGAAAUGAAACGAGCUCUGCUUUAUUUAGAAAAACUACUGGAUGUCACAACUGUACUAAAUCAUUCAACGCGAAAAUUAUAUAAAUUUGAAUUUAUUAUCAAUCCAUUACAAUCAAUUUACAAAUUCUUAUAUAAAAAUCAUCUUAUUGAAUCGACAUUUCUCCUAGGAACGGUAGCGGUUCCGAACAUAGUUAAUCAAAAUUUCAAACAAUUGCUUAAAAAAAUGCCGUAUGUUAUGGACAAUAUUGAAAAUACGAAUUGUUCAAUACAAGUAACAAGCACUGAAGGGUCAAUAGAUGUAAUGAAAACAUAUACAAGACAUCGUCGAUCAGCAGGUAAGAAGCUACGAGAUUUGUGUAAAGUACCGUGA